UACUAUCACGGAGGCCAACUUCAGUUUGUCUGGGCGAAACCGCACACUAUUCUCUCUCUCCUCCCUCGUCACUUUAGGGUUUCCAUUGCCCCAUCCUUCCCAUCUUCUCUCUCUACACCCACCACCAAAGUAGGAGAUCCAAAAGCUAUCCUUCCCCAUCAUCAACGCAGGAGACAGGAAGUUGUUCGAUUUGAUAUCACACAAGAGGUUUCAGCUGAUGGCCAAGACCAAGCCCGGUAAGAAGGACCUCGAUUCCUACACCAUCAAAGGCACCAACAAGGUCGUCAAAGUGGGCGACUGCGUGCUGAUGCGGCCGGCGGAGUCGGAGAAGCCCCCGUACGUGGCGCGGGUGGAGAAGAUCGAGGCGGACCACCGCAACAACGUCCGGGUGCGGGUGCGGUGGUACUACCGCCCCGAGGAGUCGAUCGGUGGCCGCCGACAGUUCCAUGGCGCCAAGGAGCUGUUCCUCUCCGAUCACUACGAUAUGCAGAGCGCGCACACCAUCGAGGGCAAGUGCAUCGUCCACUCCUUCAAGAACUACACCAAGCUGGAGAAUGUCGGCGCCGAGGACUACUUUUGCCGCUUCGAGUACAAGGCGGCCACCGGAGCCUUCACUCCCGAUCGUGUUGCCGUGUACUGCAAGUGUGAGAUGCCUUACAACCCUGAUGAUCUCAUGGUCCAGUGUGAGGGAUGCAAGGACUGGUUCCAUCCAUCUUGUAUGGGCAUGACAAUUGAACAGGCUAAAAAAUUAGAACACUUUCUGUGCUCAGAUUGUGAUUCUGAGAAUGAUGCUAAAAGAUCUAUGAAUGGUUUUCCAGCUUCGCCAAUUAACGAGCCCAAGGCUGAACCGAAGAGGCGGAAGAGGUAACUGGUAAUCAUGUAGAUUUGGCUGAGGAUGUAUUCAUUUUAUGAAAGGAUAACUGUCGUUUUGUGGGUGCCAUGAAAUUGUACAGUGCAGGUAAAUGGACUGCUUAAAAGACCAUGUCAUGUUUUUGAACAUAUGUAGUUCAAGGUGGUAAUAUUUGUACUAAGAAAUUAAAUUCGAGUGUUCUCCCCCUUUUUGAUUGGAUCUA